CUGCGGAGCUACGACUUACCUUGCAUGGUUGCUUCAGCUUCAUCAUUGUGUCCACGACUAUUGUAUAUACGCUUGCCGCCAGCUUGCCGCCAACUUACUGCGAUUGAGCCACCUCUGAUACUGCUUCGACUUUAUACUGCUAUCAUAGAUUGAUAAGCAUUGCAUGCGACACCCCCAAGCUCUUCCACCGGCCACGAGGCCGCAACAUCCUCUCUCACCUCCACCGUCACCGUGAGGACCGCGACAAACACACAACCAUGGAGGAACCCACCACCACCACCCCGCCUCCCAAGGCCGAAGCCCCCUUUCCGCUCACAAUCCGCUUCACGACCUCCCUCCCUGACCUGGACCUCGACAUCCCCCUCCCCAGCCGCACCACAAUCAUAACCCUCAAAUCGCUCAUCCGCGCUGCCCUCCCCCCUUCCCACUCCCCCAACCGCCUCCGCCUCAUCUACUCCGGCCGCCUCCUCCCCGACGCCUCCCUCCUCACCACCGUCCUCAAACCACCACCCCCUCCCCCGCCCCAAGCAGACCGAAAAGGCAAAGCCCCCGUCCAGCCCACACAGCGCAUCUACAUCAACUGCUCCAUCGGCGACGCCCUCUCAGCCGAAGACCUCGCCUCCGAAGCCAGCAGCGCGCGGGCCCCCUCGCCCGCCGCCCCUGUCGCUGCUCCCACCACGACGGCGGCGCAGCCGCGCGGUUUCGACAGGUUGCUGACGAGUUCGUUUACCCCGGCGGAGGUGGGCGCGUUAAGGCUGCAGUUCAUGGCCGUGCAGGCUUCGAUGCAUACGCCGGAUACGAUGCCGUCGCCGACGACGCUGAGGCGGAUGGAGGAUGCGUGGCUGGAUGAUAAUGGGAGUGGGGGAGGGGUGGCGGAGGUGGAGGCUGCGGGAGGGGCGUUGGAUGAUUUGCUGUGGGGGCAUGUGAUGGGGUUUUUGUGGCCGUUGGGGGCGUUGGGGUGGUUGGGGAGGGAGGACUGGGCGUGGAGUGAGCGGAGGAGGAUGGCGGUUUGGAGUGGGGUGGUGUUGGGGAUGGGGUUUGGGUUGAUGAGGAUGAUGGGGUAG